CUAUCCCCUAUCCAGUAAUAUUACCCUCCUUAUCACCACGUGAGCCCGCGUCUCAUCGCCUCCACAUUCUAUCCAAACUUCUCGUUUGAAAUCCUCACCUCCAAUCAGGGCCAUUCAAAUCUCACAAUGGGGCACCAACAUGACCAGCCUCAAUCCCCAAGCAGAUCGCACCCCCUCAAUCCCAAAACGAAAGCAAAUACCUGACGAAAGCACCCCCCUCAAUCAAGAUAGCGCGUCGACCCCAAAACCAGAACAAUCAAGCAAAGGCAAACGACGCAGAAAAGCCCCUUCCCCAGGCUCAUCCACCAAUGAAAUCCCCAAUGAUGCCUCAGAUACACCCACGGAAACUUCCACUCCCAAAGGAACAGCCAAAAGGGGACCGAAGCCUCAAACAGCUCGAAGAAAAGUGACCAAACGCACUCCGUCUGCGCCAUGGCCGGACCUUUUCAAGAGACUAGCACGUACGCACCGCGCUUUGAAUAUCGUAUACACGUUCUGCUGUACGCGGAAGCAUUUUGCAACAACGUUCGAGAAUAUCAAGAAGGCGGUGCAGGGGCAGAUGGGCGAGGAGUUGACGGUUGAGGAGGUUGCGAGGGUGAGAGUUCUUGUACCGCGGACGGUACGGUUCGAGUACGUCGACGAGGCAAAGUUGGAGGUUAUGACUGUCGGGGAUAAGGAGAUGGUGGAGACGUAUGGUCGGCAUGGGAGAUAUGAUCUUGAUAAUGGUGGGGAUGAUAAAGCGGACGCAUCUUCACAGGCUAAGACUCUACUGUUUGAGUUCAUAGACGGCGACCUGAAGAGGGAGAACCAGCGGUCCAAGUCUGGGGAGAUCACCAAGCCCGUGCGCAAGUUGAAGGACGAGGAUUUGAAAAUGCCGAUCUACAGCCAGAAGCAGAUGCUCGCGUUGAUCGAGAAGCGGAAUAAGAAGUUCUCGGACGCGGUUGAUGUGUUCCUUGUACAGUGUGAAGAUGAUGGUACUGAUCCGGUUGAGAAAUUGGAACGGGAGAAGGAUGUCUGGAUCCCUGUGUCUCCUGAUGAUGGUAAUACAUUGCCUACGACGCGUGGCCCGCCGCGGCAGAUUCCCAAGGAGCGUAAGUCUAUGUCGGAGAUUAUCGCCGAGAUCCGUGAGAUGGAAUGGUAUACGGCGCAAAUCGUGCCGGAGGGUCAUAGGGUGAUUGAUGCCCAGCCCGGCGUAUUCGGGGAGCUGGCAUUUAGGCUUUCGCAGAAUCUCGUCAAUGCCUUGUAUAAUACACGUGGCAUAACACAGUUCUACUCUCACCAGGCGGAAGCGAUUAAUCAUUUAUACGAGGGACACAACGUCAUUGUUUCUACAUCCACCAGUUCCGGUAAAUCGUUGAUAUACCAGGUUCCUAUGCUACAUGAGCUGGAAAAUGACCAUGAUAGCCGAGGACUGUAUAUAUUUCCCACGAAAGCCUUGGCCCAAGAUCAAAGACGCAGUAUGAAAGAUCUUCUACAAUAUAUGGACGGGCUGCAACAUACGAUGGUCGAGACUUUCGACGGUGACACCCCAAUGGAGAGCCGUAAUGCGAUUCGCGACGAGGCGCGAAUUAUCUUCACAAAUCCCGAUAUGCUGCAUAUAACAAUCUUACCACAGGAAAGCGCCUGGCGCACAUUUCUAAAGAACCUGAAGUUCGUCGUGGUUGACGAGUUGCACGUUUAUAAUGGUCUCUUCGGGUCUCAUGUUGCAUUCGUCAUGCGACGACUGCGUAGAAUAUGCGCAGCUGUGGGAAACCGACAUGUCCGGUUCAUCUCUUGCUCAGCCACCGUGGCAAACCCUGAAGAGCACAUGAAGGCGGUCUUCGGCGUCGAGGACGUCAAAUUGAUAGAUUUUGACGGCUCUCCAUCUGGCCGGAAAGAGUUCAUAUGCUGGAACACACCCUUCAGAGACCCCGGUGAUCCCACCUCGGGGCGUGGGGACAGCGUCGCUGAAACCGCGCGACUGUUUUGCCAACUAAUCCUCAGGGGCGCAAGAGUCAUCGCAUUCUGUCGGAUAAGAAAACUCUGCGAAGUCCUCUUACAAACCGUGCGGGCUGAAUUCCAGAAUCUCGAGAGACCAGAGAUUGGCCAGUUAGUCAUGGGCUAUCGUGGCGGAUAUAGUCCGCAAGAUCGACGGAGGAUUGAGAAGGAAAUGUUCGAGGGCCAGCUCAUGGGGAUUGUGGCGACGAACGCCCUCGAGCUAGGCGUUGACAUCGGUUCUCUCGAUGCUGUCAUCACACUUGGUUUCCCAUACUCCAUAUCCAACCUGCGCCAACAGAGCGGCCGCGCCGGCCGCAGGAAUAAAGACUCUCUCUCCGUGCUUGUCGGUGAUCGAUACCCUACAGACCAGUUCUACAUGAAAAACCCCGAAGAGCUAUUCACCAAACCCAACUGCGAGCUACAAGUAGAUCUCUCCAACGAACUAAUCCUCGAAGGCCACAUCCAAUGCGCCGCAUUUGAAAUGCCCAUCCGCCCCGAAGAAGACAGCAUCUACUUCGGCCGCCAACUCCCCGACUUCGCAGCCACGCGCCUCAUAAAAGACGCCCUGGGCUUCUACCACUGUCACUCCAGGUUCCGCCCGCACCCAUCUCGCUGCGUCUCCAUCCGCGACACAGAAGACCAACACUUCGCCGUAAUCGACACCACCAACGCGCGAAACACCGUCCUCGAAGAAGUCGAAGCAUCACGAGCCUUCUUCACCAUCUACGAAGGGGGCAUCUUCCUUCACCAAGGCCAAACGUUCCUCGUCAAAGAACUCAACCCGGACGCCCGGUUCGCCCGCGUCGUCCGCGUCCAUGUCGACUGGAACACAAUACAACGCGAUUUCACAGACAUCGACCCCAUCGAAACAGAAACAAUCCGACAGAUCAGCACGACGACGACCUCACGCGCCUUCUACGGUGCCGUCCGCAUCCACGCUGUCGUCUACGGCUUCUUCAAGAUCGACAAGCGAGGUCGUGUUCUCGAUGCCGUGGCCGUCGAUAACCCGCCCAUCGACAUCUUCACCAAAGGGAUGUGGCUCGACGUUCCUAAAAAAGCCCUUGAAAUCCUCCAAUCCAGACAGCUGAAUAUCGCCGCUGCUAUACAUGCCGCCGAACACGCCGUCCUGUCCCUGCUCCCCAGUUUCGUGAUCUCUUCUCCCGGUGACGUCCGAACAGAGUGCAAGGUCGCGAAGAAGGAACUAGGCAAGAAUUUACGAAUCGCCGUCGAAGCGCGUACGCAGGAGAAGGAGAAUAUCCAGAGUAUUCUCCGUCCGCCUGCCCGCCAACGACCGGCCCGACUGACUUUCUACGACGCGAAGGGUGGAUCUUGCGGUUCCGGGAUCGCAGGGAAGGCAUUUGAAUUUGUCGAUGUGCUUCUUCGACGCGCAGUGGCGCGGAUCGAGGCGUGUCGGUGUCUUACGCCGCAGGGGUGUCUGGAAUGUGUUUGCGAUGAACGGUGUAAGGAGAUGAAUGAGGUGAUGAGUAAAGCUGGAGCAGGGGUUGUGUUGAGGUGUUUACUUGGGUGGGAGGUAGACGUUGAUUCCUUGCCGUGGGGGGAGGAUGUGGAUGGUGAAGAUAGGUUGGGAGAGUUGGCGGGUGGUUUGGAGACGGUUGUUCCAGCUCAGGAGGUUCCGUUUCGUCCUGGCCAUGCCCUUUGACAUAUGAGAGGGCCAUCUAACUAUGAAUGAACCGCCGAUAUCUGCGAAAGACUGGUACUAUAUCGGCUAACCUCUUUAUGACGAUAUUCAAAAUAAUAGAGAUUAUGAUAUGUCAAUAUUAUUGUUUACCAGAGGUAGGUGGGUUCAUGUUUCCACCUGGAUAUGUAUGUCUCAUAUGUAUGUGUGUAUAAAAAUAAAAUCGUAGAAGCCGCAUGAAUAAGCCAUUUCCCCGAGGUAUCUUUACCUGUCAAUAAUAGGAAUGGAAAACGAUAUUAAUCUA